AUGUCUGUGAGGCCUUUUGAAAGUCCACCUCCUUAUCGACCUGACGAAUUCAAACCCAAUCAUUAUGCACCAAGCAAUGACGUGUAUGGUGGAGAAAUGCACGUUCGACCAAUGCUGUCUCAGCCGGCGUACUCCUUUUACCCAGAAGAUGAAAUUCUUCACUUCUACAAAUGGACGUCGCCCCCGGGAGUGAUUCGGAUCCUGUCUAUGCUCAUUAUUGUGAUGUGCAUUGCCAUAUUUGCCUGUGUGGCUUCCACACUUGCUUGGGACAGAGCCUAUGGAACCGGCAUCUUUGGAGGUAGCCUAGGCUACCCUUAUGGAGGAAGUGGCUUUGGUAGCUUUGGAAGUGGCUAUGGCUAUGGUUAUGGCUACGGUUAUGGCUAUGGAGGGUAUACAGAUCCAAGAGCAGCAAAAGGUUUCCUGUUGGCCAUGGCAGCCUUUUGCUUCAUUGCCUCCUUGGUAAUAUUUGUUACCAGUGUUAUAAGAUCUGGAAUGUCCAGAACAAGAAGAUAUUACUUGAUUGUGAUCAUAGUCAGUGUUAUCCUGGGCAUCCUGGUGUUUAUUGCCACGAUUGUGUAUAUAAUGGGAGUCAAUCCAACUGCCCAGGCUUCUGGAUCUAUGUACGGUUCCCAGAUCUAUGCCAUAUGCAAUCAGUUCUAUACUCCUGGAGCUACUGGACUCUACGUGGAUCAAUAUCUGUAUCACUACUGUGUGGUGGAUCCCCAGGAGGCUAUAGCCAUUGUCCUGGGAUUCAUGAUUAUUGUGGCCUUUGCUUUAAUCAUUUUUUUUGCUGUGAAAACCCGAAGAAAGAUGGACCGAUAUGACAAGUCCAAUAUUUUGUGGGAUAAGGAACAUAUUUAUGAUGAACAGCCCCCCAAUGUUGAAGAGUGGGUUAAAAAUGUGUCUGCAGGCACACAAGACAUGCCUCCACCGCCAUCUGACUAUGCAGAGAGAGUGGACAGUCUGAUGGCCUACUCCUCUAAUGGCAAAGUGGACGGCAAGCGGUCAUACCCAGAGUCUUUCUAUAAGUCAACACCCUUGGUACCUGAAGUGGCUCAGGAGCUUCCUUUGACUUCGCCUGUGGAUGACUUCAGGCAGCCUCGGUACAGCAGCAGUGGUAACCUAGAGACACCUUCAAAGAGGGCUCCCACAAAGGGAAGAACGGGAAAGCUGAAGAGAACAGAGCCGGACUACUAUGAAACAGACUACACUACAGGUGGUGAAUCGUGUGACGAGUUGGAGGAGGACUGGGUUAGGGAAUAUCCACCUAUCACUUCCGAUCAACAAAGACAGCUCUACAAGAGAGAUUUUGACACAGGUCUACAGGAGUACAAGAGUUUACAAGCUGAACUCGACGAGGUCAAUAAAGAGCUCUCUCGUCUAGACAAAGAACUGGAUGACUACAGAGAAGAAAAUGAAGAGUACAUGGCUGCUGCUGAUGAAUAUAAUAGACUAAAGCAAGUUAAAGGAUCUGCAGAUUAUAAAAGUAAGAGGAAUUACUGCAAGCAGUUGAAGAGCAAAUUGUCGCACAUCAAGAGGAUGGUGGGGGACUAUGACAAACGGAAGACUUAGGCUGGUGCCACUGUUGAAGAAAUGAGGCACGUCUGUCUGCCUGAUGUCUCUGCAAUUCUCUUCAGAGGCUAAGUGACUUUGGACUCUAAUCUGGGAAGUUAAAACUUUGUGAUCAUGACAAAGUUUCAUAGCUUUAAUACCAUCAGUUUCAUAUCAUCAGUAUUGAAACAUUUUAUAAACGGCUUUUGAUAAUCCACUGGGCUGAACACUCCAAUUAAAAAAUUUACACUUUCAGCCAGGCGUUGGUGGCACACGCCUUUAAUCCCAGCACUCGGGAGGCAGAGGCAGGCAGAGCUCUGUGAGUUCAAGGCCAGCCUGGUCUUCAGAGCGAGUGCCAGGAUAGGCUCCACUACAAUACAGAGAAACCCUGUCUCAAAAAACAAAACAAAAACAACACAAUAAAAAUUUACACUUUCAACAUUGAUUUUUGUAAUUAAGAAUGAAAUGUUGUUUAAGGUCUAAAUUUAAAGACAGGUCCUAGUGUGGACUGUGUUGUGAAUUUUCACAUGCCAGACAGUGAUGUCUUAAUACCCAAGUGUGUUCCUCCAGGUGGAGGCCAUCUCAUUAAUCAUCUCAACAGCCCUUCAGGUGACUGUUAUUUAUGAUCACUUUUCAGGUGAGGAAGUUGGGUCCCUGCUGUGGUAUCUCCACAGUGAAAUUGCUUGCUUUCCAAAGGUAGUUUUGGCUAAGUCUGUUUUAUGACUGCAAAUGAGCAAAUAGUAGCAUAUCCCUCCCCUUUUGUAUUUCCACUACUGUGUACAGUACAUUCUGUCGGUCACCUUCCCUACUGGUAUUUUUCUUAUAUUGACUUUAACAUAAAUGAUUGGGAUUAUUUUGGCUUCACAUUUUUUCCUAAUACUUAAAAUCCUGUAAAAUUAACAAAUGUGUGAAAUUUAAAACUUGUAAAUAUAUAUUCACUUUUGAAAGAUCAUUUUAA